GGGGCUUCGUGUUUUUCUCCAGCUGAUUCACGAGAAAAAAAAAUUGCACAAUUCCUGUCGCCUAUUGGGCGGGAUCCUGGACGGCGAGAGAGCGCGGCUGCUCGCCGACAGCGCAGGCCCAUAGGCGUGGUCUUGGAUGGAGAUGCUCCGAUCUGCUCCCGCCGGGAUCCCCACCUGCCCCUCAGACCGCGCCAGCUGGAAUUGAUCUUGCGCCCGUGCGACCACCACCACCAAUUUCCCGUCACUAAAGACAUUGAGUUUUAGAGAAGGGCUGCAGUGUGAGACUCAUUGCAGCGCCGCGGACGCACGGGGCGGCGCCGGGUCUCAUCACCUCCAGCGCGGCGGAGGCGCACGGCGCACGGCACACGAACAGCGCGUCGCUCGGCCUCCAGGCAGCUGCAGCGGCGGCAGUGGAAGAGGAACCGGAGCGCAGGAGACCCCCCCCAACCCCCCCCCAAACCCCCUCCCCUCCCCCUGGUUCAUGUGCAGGGCUGUUCGACGCGCAGGUCGUGGCCGCAGCGGUUCGCAAGGAUGGAAACCGCGCGCAGGAGAUCGUCGUCGCCCCGGCUCGGCGUCUCGCUCGCCGUCGUCGUCGUCGCCGCCGCCGCCGCGUCCGUCCUGCUCGCGGUGGACGGCAAGAAAGCCAAGCAGCCCCGCUGCCCCUCGUCGUGUACGUGCACCAAAGAUAACGCGCUGUGCGAGAGCGCGGGGCUGAUCCCUCGCAGCUUCCCCCCCGAUGUCAUAUCACUAUCAUUCGUCAAGUCCGAAUUCACCGAAAUCCCGAAGGAGAGCUUCAUCCACACGCCUGCCCUGCAUCUCCUCCUCUUCACCGCCAACAACCUGGAAUCCAUAAACGAGGACGCCUUCCUUGGUCUUCCUCAUCUGGAGUAUCUGUUCAUCGAAAACAACCAGAUUAAGUCGAUAUCGCCACAUGCUUUCCGCGGACUGAAAACCUUAGUGCACCUGAGUCUGGCCUACAACAACCUCGAGACUCUGCCCAAAGAUUUGUUCAAGGGUCUUGAGGCCCUGACAAAAGUAGACUUGCGGGGCAACCAGUUCACCUGCGGCUGCAAACUCAAGUGGUUGGUGGAGUGGAUUUACAGCACCAACGCCACCGUGGAUCAGAUCUAUUGCAAGGGCCCCGCCUCGCAGCUGGACAAGAGGAUCAACGAUCUGGUGCCGCAGUCCUUCGACUGCAUCACCACAGAGUUUGCUUCCUACCAGUCGCUGAAGUUUGAGUCCAUCUCCGUGGAGGCCUUUUCCUUCGGGAACGACCAGUAUGUGGUGUUUGCGCAGCCCUUCAUCGGGAAGUGCAGCUUCCUCGAGUGGGAUCACGUGGAGAUGGUCUUCAGGAACUACGACGAUAUUGACAGCACGUCCACGGUGAUUUGCAAGCCUCUGGUCAUCGACAACCAGCUCUUCAUCAUCGUGGCUCAGCUGUUCGGCGGCUCGCACAUCUACAAGCGCGACACCUCCGCGAAUAAAUUCAUCAAGCUUCAAGGCAUCGACAUCCUCCGGAUCCGCAAGCCGAACGACGUCGAGACUUUCCGCAUCGACGGGGAGACUUUCUUCGUCAUCGCGGACAGCUCCAAGGCCGGGUCCACCACCAUCUACAAGUGGAACGGCAACGGCUUCUACUCGCACCAGUCCCUCCACCCGUGGUACCGGGACACCGACGUGGAGUUCAUGGAGAUCUCCUCCAAGCCCCACCUGAUCCUGUCCAGCAGCUCCCAGAGGCCGGUCAUCUACCAGUGGAACAAAAGCACCAAGCUGUUUGACCGACGCACGGACAUCCCCGAGAUGGAAGACGUCUACGCCGUGAAGCACUUCGCGGUCAAGUCGGACCUCUUCAUCUGCCUGACGCGCUUCAUCGGCGACUCCAAGGUGAUGCGCUGGGACGGGGCCCUCUUCAGGGAGCUGCAGACCUUGCCCUCCCGCGGCUCCAUGGUGUUCCAGCCCUUCGCCGUGGCCAACUGGCAGUACGCCAUCCUGGGCAGCGAUUACUCUUUCACCCAGGUCUACCGCUGGGACGCCAAGAAGAGCGUGUUUGUCCGUUUCCAGGAGCUGAACAUCCAGGCGCCGAGGGCCUUCUCUCCGGUCGCCAUAGACAACCGGCAGUUCCUUCUGGCCUCCAGUUUCAAAGGGAAGACUCAGAUCUAUGAGCACCUGGUCAUUGAUCUGAGCAAUUGAGUGUGUUUUGGGCUGAUUGAUAGGUUAUUGAUAACUUUGGGGUGUGUGUAAAGAAGACUGUUGCAGCAGACGCAGUUCUGAACAAUUGCUAACUACCAGUUAAUCCUAACUUGAGAAAGGCAGGCAUUACUCUUAUUCGUUUUUAAAAAAUCUUCCAUUGAGGUCAGUGCAUGGUAAAUGUAAAGAUUAAAAUGCGACCACGUGUCCUCGGCCGAGAGGCAUUGUCGCGUUCAAUGCAUGGAUCUCAAGUUAGGAUUAAAACCCCAGAUUUUGUCGAGACAUUAACGCAUGCCCCCCCCCCCCCCCCCCCGGUCCUCGCUCAGGACGUCCCAUUCCUGAUGAAUGCAACAUCCAUCCUCAUUUAAUCCAUGAAAUCUAGAGUUGGCCAGUAGUUUUUUUUUUGCGUUCUAUCAUACAUUUGACUCAGCAAAGUUUAUACAUUUGUAAUCUCAUAUAUAUUUAUCUAUGGAAAGUAAUAAUGAAAAUGGUACUUUUUAACCUAUUAACGUGUUCAGCCGGACAAAUCUGCCAAAAGAAAAUGUUUACAUAUUUCUCUUUCCACUUGUUCGCUAAAAAAUAUUUGUAAAUUAAGCUUUUGUAAGUUCGAGAGGGACCACCCCAGUUAGAUCAAUAUUCGUUAAGGAAGACUGAUUCAAAAUGUAAUGUUUAUAAUUUGGAAAAAAUUUCAACAGAAUGUAAUGUUUAUAAUUUGGAAAAAAUUUCAACAGAAGUGUUGUGCGAGAAUCUACCAGUAGAUCUUCGCAACUUACAUUUUUAAUCAUUGACGGUUUGUAUAAUGUUUUAAGUAUUGAUAAAUAGUUUUUUCAUAGAAAGUACAGAAAACAUUUUGGGCACACGGGGAACUAUUUUCACACACUUAAAAGGGGACUGAAAUGAGAAAAAAAAACAGGGGAUAUUGUUCAUAAUGCUUGACCUUUGACUAACAUGUAUGCAAAAUGCAUUAAUUGUGUCACGAUUAGGAUUAAGUUAUUGACUAAUAUCAUGCCAUUUAGAGUCAAUAAAGGUUUACGUCAUUCA